AUGUCGUUCCCUGUGGAUAUGUUGAGCAGCUACAGUCAUGAGGACUUGGAGAGUUCAGCCAAGGACUACUUGUCUGACCUUCGGUGUAGGAAUCCAAACUGUCCUGAAUUCCUGUCUCUGCCAGGCCACGGCAAAGUUCCUAUUAGCUUGUCAACUGUGGGCUUCGUUCCUCUUUAUGGUGAAGAGCUGACACACAAAGUUCUUGCUUUGUUUGCACCAGGGGACUCGCUCACAGCUGUAGCCCUGUAUCUUGCUGACCAGUGGUGGUCAAUUGAUGACAUUGUGAGAACAUCUGCCCCUGCUAGACAGGGGCUUCAUCAGGUGAAGUCUGUUGGAGAGAGGGUUGUUCUCUAUGUCCUGAAUCGAAUUAUCUAUCGGACACAAGAAAUGGAAAGAAAUGAGGUCCCUUUUCUCUGUCAUGGUAGCAAUGAAUAUGCUAAGAUCAUGUGGAAAAAAGGAGAGGCUAUUGGGUUCUAUUCUGUUAAACCUAAAGGAAGUGCUUGUAGGUCUUAUCGUGGUCAGAAUUAUAGGCUGCCAGUGCUAGACACAAUGUUUGUAAGAAAGAAACAUCGUGGGAAAGACUCUGGGCUAAUCAUACUGGAAGACUUUGUGUGUUCAUUUACUGAAAGUUCUCUCGGCCUACGAUACCCGCUGUCAACCUUCAUGUACACAGCUUGUAAGCAAUAUCUUGAGAAGUACCCUGGGGAUCAUAACCUUUUGUGGCAAGUGGAGGGAGCAGGAAGGUGGUUCCAGAGAACAUCUAUUAUGUCUAUAUGGCAAAAGGAAAAGCUCAAAAUUGCAGAGGCCUCACAGAAUGAAAAUAAGAGUGUCCAAGCAGAAGGUAAUUUUCAGCAGUCCGCAGCAGCAUCUGAAGCAAGUGGACAGAAGAUUGAGCUAGAAACUCAGCUAAAUGCUGACCCUCAAAAAGGUGAAGAAUCAAUAGAUGUCUGUGCAAGCACAUCUGAAGACCCUAACGUAGCUCCUGUUUCCAUUUGGACACGAAGCAGUCAUUUGAAGCGUCCCAGGAUAGGAAAAAAACCCGAGGAAUCUGAGCCUGAACCUUCACGAGGAAAUGAGGAAAGUACUCUUCGUGUGGCAGAAAGCAGGCUGGAACUUCCUGCCCACACAUCUGAAACCUCUGAAGACUUAGUAGAAGUACCUGAGGAGAACACUGUUAAGGAGGAUGAGGUAACGACUGCUGAAAAUGAGGGCCAGCCUGUAUCAGAAGUGGAGCUACAUGUAUCGCCCACUGAGAAACAGAGUGAGAAGGAGGAAGCUCCAUCAGAAACUGUUAAUGGAGAGGUAACAGAAGAGACUGGUAAGACCUCACCCGUGGCUGAAGAGGGAACAACAAAUGAAGAUCUAAGUGGUGAAUCAAAAUUGCAGCCUGAGAGUCAAGGAGAAGAACCCUUGACGCUGUUCGUUCCGUUAAUCCUUGAGUCUCCAGCAAAACCUUCUGAAGACACUGUAUCAGAAAAGGUUUUAAAUGCAAAUGAUUCAGAAGUGCCGACUGAAGAAAGUACAGCGGUAGAGAAGCAGAGCACUGAAGAACAGCAAGAAUCUGAACAGACCACCACUGAAAAUGCAGCUGCUUUGGCGUCGAAGGAAGAGCACUCUGACAAUGGCCUGCCCAACUCUAUGGUAACUGAAGCAGCAGAAGAAUCUGUUUCUGAAAAUGUAUCAUCCAAAACAUCUUCCUCGUUGGAAGAUCAAAAUGAAGAGGCGGGGCACAACUCACAGGAGGCCCCUGUUGCAUUGAGUCAGAGCUCUUUGAUAGUGGUUGAACUUGAGAAUGUUUCUUUUCAGCAGCCUUCUGGACAGGAAGGACAGAAGAACCAGUUGGAAGAGCACUCAGAAGAGUCUGCUGAGCUGAUGGAUCAGUACACGCAGACGUCAGUGGAGCGGGCUGCCGACAGCAGCUCUGAGGAAGCAGAAAUUGAGGUACCCAUUGUAGAUCGGAGAAACUUGCGAAGAAAGGCCAAAGGCUACAAAGGUCCACCCAAGAAAAAAGGAAAGACAACUUGA